UUGUAGUCCAGCAAUCAGAACUGCAGCCUGGGGUGCACAUUGUGUAAGAAAAAUGCAAUUAUCGCCCACGUACAAGCGAUAAGUUGAUACAACGUACUUAUACAGGAGAAAUGAAAAUUCCUGAUACUAUACGUGCAGUGUCAGUCGAACCAGAAACAAGUAUUAAUUCCUUCGGACCAAGUGAAACGGUUGCUGAGGGAAAGCGCAACAAUGACUGAGAACGUUAUAGAGCCAGUAGUAAUUGAAGAGAAAGCCGUCGAAAAGGAAAAAACGGAAGAAUGUAAAUCAAGAUUACAUCUGAACCAAAUAAUAGCUAGUUUUAUAGCAACAUUAACACUACUUUCCUGUGGACUAUGUAUCGGCUGGCCAACGAUUUUCUUACACGGCAAAGAAUCUGACGUUCCCUUAACUCCUGACAACAGAACAUUAGUUGCCAUUGCAGUAUUAAUAGGUGCCUGCGCUGGACCGAUUCUUUCUGGCUUAUUAAUUGACCGGAUUGGUAGAAAAUGGUUCCUCUAUAUGACAACAACCCCAAUUCUUGCUGGUUGGAUACUUAUUUUCUUUGCCAAAAAAUGGCUCCUACUUUUCAUGGGAAGGCUCGUCGCUGGACUGUCAGUUGGAGCUAUAUACACUGUCGUUCCUAUAUAUACCGGAGAAAUCACUGAACCAAAAGUUAGAGGUGCUGCCAGUGGAAUAAUGGCUGUAAUGUUAAAUUUGGGAUACAUGUUUACCUAUGGCGUUGGUCCAAUAUUGGGCAGGAAGAAUCUGGCAGUGAUUAAUUUAAUACCGGUGAUAGUAUUUGGCUUAACAUUUGUGUGGAUACCCGAGUCGCCGUACUAUUAUUUGAAGAAGCAGAAACAGAAAGAUGCAGAGUUAUCGUUAACAUGGUUAAGAGGAAAACUUAACAACGAGAAAGAAAUAGAAGAGAUAAAAACUUUUAUAAAAAGCGAAGAAAAAGGUGGCGUUAAGGAACUCGCAGUACCAACGAACAGGAAAGCAUUUCUGAUUUUGAUGUUACUAUUCGCGGGUCAACAGCUGUCCGGAUUGCUAGCUAUCGAAUCGUACACCAGAGUUUUGCUCCCAAAAAUCGAUUUCGAUGUAGAUAUUAGAGUCACACUUCUUAUCAUAAGCUCGCUAACUUUGGUAACAAGUUUAAUAACGACGCUGGUCGUCGAUAAGAUUGGUAGAAAAUUUGUUUUCCUAAUAUCCGCGUACGGUGCUACGAUAUGUCUUCUCGUAGUAGGAGUGUACUGUUACCUUAAUGGAAAAGUAGCGAAGCUCAAUGAGCUGACUUGGGUACCAUUAAUCGUUAUUCUACUUCAUAGCAUCGUCUUUUCUUUUGGUUUAGGCUCAGUCCCGGCGAUCAUGUCGUCAGAACUCUUUCCAAUGAACGUGAAAAGUUGGGCGAUUACGUUUGCAAAUAUUUUCUCAUUUCUAUUAGCUUUGAUAGUUGCUGGAUGUUAUGAAUUAGUGAUCGAUGCAUUUGGUUAUUACAUAAUAUUUUGGGCUCUUGGCAUUCUCGAGCUCAUAAUAACGAUUACUCUGACCGUCAUUAUGCCGGAAACGUCGCGCAAAUCUUUCAUAGAAAUUCAACAGACGCUAAAGGGAAACUCUAACGUACCAUCAGCAGAUAAAACAAAUUCGCCAUAAUUUAAAAUGAAAUGCAAACAACGCAAUGAAUAAUGUUUUCGUUUGAUUUUUUAACAACUUUUAUUUUCAAUUUACACAGAAUACGUAACUAAACAAAUUUAUAUAAACAGUAUUACUUAAAGAGAUUUUACGGUAAUACAAAUAAAUGCGAUAUCAGCGUGAAAGUAAAUAUUAAUUUAAUCGAAUGAUUGAAUUACGUAUUCGUUUACGUUCUCUUGCUGUAUGAUUUGAUGUUGCUUUUGUAUCCAUACCGAGAAAAUAAAAUUUUAUUUAAUUAUUGUAUCGACAAACGAUACAAACAUAUUAAAGUUGCAUUAAAAUCGGAA